CGGAUUAUUAUAUUAAAUUGGCCCUGAUAAAUAAUCUUAGAGAUAAUGCAACUUGCAGGAGUUGCAGCCAUGGUUAAAAACCAUGAAUUUUUGGGAUGGGAGAGAGUCGUCGUUGGAGCGUCUUUUCCUCAUUUAUGAUUGCCUUGCGUUUAAUAUAAAUUGUGAUGUUAGGCUAAUCGCAGUCCAAAUUCCGAUCGACCAUCCCUACAAAAGGCAGAACUCUCUCACAUCUACCAUCUAUCAAAGCCGGCCAAAACAUGCAUUUCUCUACAAUGUCCGCCGAGCAAAAUAUGUGUUCAUCUACAAUCGGAGGAUAUAGCAGGGUUCGAGCUGGUCCGCUCUCAUUCCUACGCCAGUCCCCAUCACUGAAUAUCCUAACCGUCAAAUUUACGGUUUCAACGGACAAGCAUGACGCGUUCUUCCCGACACCGAAAGGAGCAUAUCUUCAUCGGAGAAGCGCUAUUUACCAACCAAACAUCUGGAAUUACGAUUUCAUAGAAUCUCUUUACAGUGAAUUUGGCGUAAGCAAUCCAACCAUACUCCUCCUCCCAUCCUAUCCCUUUUUGAAAAAAUGAUAUUUGUAUUUACUCUUAUUCUCAUCACUCUUAUAUUAUAUACAUUUACUUUUUCGUGAUGAAUUCUAGUGACAGACAAAACAUGUCAGGUUUUGUCUGUGUAAAUUUGCACAGACAAAGCAAGACAUGUUUUGUCUAUGAACGGGAAUCGUAUCACAGACAAAAACAUUGUUUCUCACAUUGGUGAAUAUAUAAGAGAUGAUAUAAGGUAGAUACAAAUAGCAAGGUUAAAACAUUGUUUCUCACAUUGGUGAAUAUAAGGGAUGAUAUAAGGGAGAUACAAAUAGCAAGGUUGUGUUGUCCCUCCUUUGUCCCACUUAUAUUUUCAUCUUACUAUUAACUUUGUCUCAUACUCAGUAGGUGGUAAUACUUGAGUGUUUAAAAUUACUUUUACUUUAUUCAUAUUUUAUCAUUUAUUUAUUAAAAAUACAAUCUCACUUUUCAUAAGAAUUGCAUCACUUCGAUCACCUUGUCUCAAUCUUAGGUAGGGGAUGAAUAGUAAUAUUUAUGUCCCAUUAACAUUGGGAUAUGAGGAAGUUAUAAAGUUAAUAAGAAAAAUAUGUUUGUGUGAUUGGUAUUGAAUUGAUAAAGUUAAAUAAAGUAAGAAUGAUUUAAGAUCACACAACUUUAUCAAAUUUAGUUUGAGACAAUCUUGUUGGGAUGGACCGAAAAACGAAAAUUACUUGGUCUAAUAAAUCCCACGUAUUUACUACUUAGUGAUCGAAUCAAAUUACAUAAAAUGACACUCAUGCACAAGAAGCAACUACUGGUAGCUAGCGCAAAAAAAAUCAAAUUCGUAACUAGAUAAAGUAAUCCAUGUCUUCUUUUUUAAUUCGAUGGAUCAUUUAUUUCGUCUAUUUUGUUUAGUAGUGUAAAAGUAUCCAUUCUUUUCUUCCUUUUUCUUUAAUUGCAUUUUCUAAUAUGUUUAUUUAAAGCAUUCAAAUUUUGAAAAAAUAAAAUCCUAAAAUAUACAUGGCCGGUUAUUGUCAUUUAUACAGUUACCCAGCGAAAACCGAACUAUGAGGUUUAAAUCAGUUAUUUACUGUGAUGUUAUUAAUAUUAUUAUUAUUAUUAUUAUUAGAAUUAUUAUUAUUAAUAUUAUAACUAUUAUUACUAUUAUUACUGUUAUUACGAUUAUUAUUACUAUUAUUAUUAGUAUUACUAUUAUUAUUAUUAUUAGUAUUUUUAUUAUCAUCAUCAUCAUCACUAUAUUCAUUAUAUCAUCAUCACCAUUAUAUUUUAACUAUCAUCACCAUUAUAUUUUAACUAAGAAUAUAAUCACACUAAAUAGAUAAUAUUGGGCACUGCCUUACUCAAGCGUGGCUGUAUACUCUAGUAUAGUAUGGAGUAUAAAACUAUACUGUUAGAACUUUAAAUAAGCAUAGAUUAUUGAAUGAAUUAUUAACUACUUCUUCGGACCAAGUACUUUGUGGUCUGAUGAUAUCACUGUGAUACUCCCAAGAAAGAGGUCACAGGUUCGAAUCUCAUCCCAGUUCAAGGGUGUUGGCAUUAACAUAGAAUAUAUACUAUAAUAGGUUAGAAAGUUUUGCAAAAAAAAGACCUACUUCAGUUUGAUUCAUUUGUGCUUGUUCUAAACACUUUCACCUUCUUUUUAAAAUAAAUAAUUUGUGAUUUAGUUUUUUUUAAAGAAAGAUACUCAUUUAUUAAUGAUAUUAAAAGUAACUGUAGACAAGGCAGAGCAAUCACUCAAAGCAACUCUGGAGUGAGACAUAAAACUAGCUAGCCCCGGAAGGUUGUGCCAGAUCGCUAACUCCACAAUAUGGUAGGCUAUUCUAUCAGCAUUGAUGGACAUGCCACUAAGACAAAAAUAUAAAAAACAACAAGUGUUCAAAUGCUGAAAAGGAACAUGUAAACUAGAAAUCCUGGUGUUUUCAAAAAAAAAAAUUAGAAAUCCUGGUUUUACCAGCAACUGACAAGGGAGAAGAGGUUUUUUCCACCACCUCCAAAGACAACAAUCCGACUUGACCAUCCAUCGGAAAGGGAGAAGAGGUUUGUCCACCCACCUCCAAAAGAAAGCUCUCACUUGCAACUGUUGGGAUUGGAAAAUUCAUCUCUUCAAUAUCAAGAACAGAAUUACAAUAGGAGGAGCAAACUCUCACACUCAACUAUUACAAAAAAUCAAUCCUCACCAAUACACUUCUACUCUAAGUGUAUUUUCACUCUUCACACACUUUUCUCACUUUCUAAAUUGAUGAUAUGAACAAGAAUGGAGCACUCUAUUUAUAGGCUACUUUGGAGACAAGAGGAAGUUGCAUCCAAGCUUCCUAAUAAUUAUCUCCAUAUCUUCUCCCAUGCCUAUUUGUUGGAGAGCUCCUUCCAUGAAGGUGUGAGAUGUCUCUUGGCAACUUCCAAGAAAGAAGGUGGAAAUUCCCUACAACAACACCUAAUGAUACUUCAGGCGGUGGUGAUUCAGUAGCACCGCCGCUGCCUUGUUUUUUGACCUGGUUCCAUCGACCUCCAUAUUAACUUGUACCUCCACCAGGUUCUCUAAAUCCAUUGUUCUUCGCUUUUUGAGUUCACCUUCCUCUAGACUCCUAACAUGUUGUUGCUCCUCUACCGUCCCCACUUUCUCUUUUCCUCGUGAGAUCAAGCGCACCAUAUAGCAUCCCACAUCAGUACCCUUCUCUGGGCAUCCUACCAAUGUUCAAUUAUAAAUUUGAACACCAAAUAUAAAUUUGACAAUGUUCAAAGAGACUGGGUAUAAAUUAUUUUCGCAUAUCAAUUAUGAUAAUCAAGUAUAUAUACUUCAUACAAAAUUGCAGGACGUGGAACACCAACGAAGGGCUCACAAGCUAAAAGAAGAAGUGUUGCGCGGCCUUCUUCUUGACGAAUCAUUGGAUGCUGUGGCAAAACUUGAACUCAUAGACAAUACAGAAAAGAUGGCAAUUUCCCAUCAUUUUGAGAAGGAAAUUGCGGAAUGUCUUAACCACAUCAUGCUUUCUUCUGCUUAUAAAAAGUUUCUUUGCUCUAAAAUGGAUCUCUAUGCCACUGCUUUAUAUUUUAGGGUUCUUAGACGAUAUGGCCAUGAUGUUUCACAAGAUGGUGGAGGAAUCUUGGGGGAAUUGAAAAUCUGAGCUUCACAAGAGAAAGAGUGGUUGAAAGCUUCUUGUGGUCCGUAGGUGUAGUGUCUGACCGGGAACACGGGGAGUCCAGAAAAUGGGUGACCAAGUCCAUAAUUUUGAGUCUAAUUGUGGACGAUAUUUAUGACAUCUAUGGAUCCAUACCAGAUUUGGAAAUCCUCACAAAUGCUAUUGACAUGUAUGUAUGUUGCCGUAGCUAUCAAUUGUGUAAACUGAAAUGAGUUUGAAUUAGAGCCAUGACUCGGUUUUUCAACUUAUCAAACCUAAAUUGUCAGGUUUAUCGGUUGACUUUUUAAUCAAAUACGUAAUUUUUGAUUUCGUGUGCUGAACUAUUUUAAUAAUAAGAAAAAGUAAGGUUGAA